AUGGGGGUGUCUUUCACGAAGCUUUUCAGCCGACUGUAUCUGUAUGCCAAAAAGGAGUUGCGGAUUGUUAUGGUAGGUCUUGAUGAUGUUGGUAAGACCACUAUACUGUACAAGCUGAAGCUGGGAGAAAUAGUUACAACCAUUCCUACAAUUGGAUUCAAUGUCGAGACAGUUGAAUAUAAGAACAUUAGGUUCACUGUUUGGGAUAUUGGGGGUCAUCAAAGGUAUCAGCCAUUGUGGAGACAUUACUUUCAGAAUACUCAAGGUGUAAUCUUUGUAGUUGAUAGUAAUGAUCGAGAUCGUAUUGUUGAGGCUAGGGAUAUAAUGCAUAUGAUGUUAAACGAGGACGACCUAAGGAAUGCUGUGUUGCUUGUUUUUGCUAACAAAAAUGAUCUUCAAAACGCUAUGAGUGUUGCUGAGAUAACUGACAAGCUAGGACUUCACUCUCUCCAGCAACGCCAAUGGUAUACUCUCUGUGCUUAG